AUGAGCGAUUCCAGUGCCCAGAGGGCUGCAGCCGUGCUUCUUAUGCUCCUCUCAGAGGAGGAUCGACCAAAGAAAGCGCGGACGACUUGGGUGAAGAAGCUCGGUAUGCGAAGGGAGUCGUACGGGGCCCAUCAUCACCUCAUCGAUGAUAUUAUUGAGGACCCUUUCGAGUACCGUCGUUACCUUCGAAUGACCCCAGACUCUUUCGAGGAACUUCUACGUAUGGUGAAGCAUCACAUCCAAAAGGAGGACACAAAUAUGCGCGAAAGCAUACAGCCGGAAGAGCGCCUGGACCUCACUCUUCGAUUCCUCGCUACAGGUGAGUCAAUGAGGUCCCUACACUAUCAGUACCGGAUGGGUGUCAGUACAGUGCACAGCAUUGUCUAUGAGACAUGUUCUGCAUUGAUCAAGAUUUUGGGACACAAGUAUAUAAAGCUGCCUUCCACGGCUGAGCAGUGGCUCGACGUCGCCAACAAGUUCAACUCCACGUGCUACUACCCACAUUGUCUCGGAGCAAUCGAUGGGAAACACAUCACAAUCUACUGCCCCAGAAACAGUGGAUCCUAUUACUAUAAUUACAAGAGACAAUUCAGCAUCAUACUUUUGGCAGUUGUUGAUGCAGACGGGAAGGCACUCUAUGUCAAUGCUGGGACAAAUGGAAGGGUUCAUGACUCCGCAGUAUUCAAGCGAACACCCUUUCACCAGAAAACGGUGAACGGAGAGCUGAUACUUCCACCUAAUGAACCGCUUCCAGGGAGGCAAAUGCCAUUGCCCUACGUAUUCCUUGGGGAUGGAGCAUUUUCAUUAACCUGCAAUCUAAUGCGGCCAUACGGGGCAACAGCAUGA